GCCGGAAAAAAACUUCGGCAAAAAUGGCGGAGGGUGCAACGUCUCUGAAAGGGUUGCGGGCGCAAAUGGCUGCAGUUGCGCAGGCGCAGGCAGAGGAACGGCGCAACCAGGCAGGGAACAGCCCAACACCAGCAGCUCCAGCCAGCACAAUGAAGAGCCAAACCAGGCCAGUCAUUGAUGGGGCAGCCUUGAGGAUAGACGACAAACUCAGAGUGGCCAAAGAAAGGAGAGAAGAGCAGGAAAAGCAACAUGCGGCCCGUGAAACUCAGCUCCUGGAGCGAGAGCGCAAGACCCGGCUGCAAGUGGAGAGACAAAUGGAGGAGAGACAGAAGAAGCUGGAAGAGCAGCGCAGGAAGGAGGAACAGAGGAGAGCUGCAGUGGAAGAGAAAAGGAAACAGAAAUUAGAGGAAGAAAAGGAGCACUAUGAGGCCGUGAUGAGACGUACCCUGGAGCGCAGCCAGCGAGUAGAGCAGAGACAGAAGAGAUGGUCCUGGGGUGGACUUUCAGACUCUGACAACAAAAAUGACAAGCGCUCUUCCUCUACUACAAACCUGAAACAGACUGACUCAGUCAUCAGCAAACGUCUCUCCUCAUCCUCAGCCACCCUCCUUAAUUCUCCUGAUAAAACUCGCCGCUUGUUGGCUGCCCCCGUGGAUAGCAGUGUCCUCAGUCGGCUGCUCACACCCACCCAGGCCUCGCUAGCUAGAAGCAAGAGUGCCGCGGCCCUGUCCGCCGAAGGAGGCGACGCCCAAGAGUCUCACCUGUGUCCUCGUUCAGCAUCUGCCAGCCCCAUGCAGCCCCCGGCCCAUGGACCCCUACGCAGUCGCAGCAGCGAUCGAAAAAAAGGCCCACCUACUUCUGUGUCUGCAGAUGGCAUUUCCAGUAUGAUGCAGCAGAAAGUUGAGAAGGAGAAACGCUUCAUGUCACCAGUAGGAAAACGCCCUGCCUCGCCCUCUAGUCGUCAUCGAUCCCCGUCUCCUUCUCCCGCUGCUAACACCACUACAAGAGCGCCCUCACCUGGAGCAGCUAAGCAGAGUCCACAUUUCCGCACUCCUUCCCCCAGUGGUUUGAAACAGCGGCCUCCAUCCCCUCAGCCCUCUACCACAUCCAAACCUCCACCCAUCCAGAAACCUGCUCUCACCCCCACCGGCCCGCCCACCCUUCGCAAGAGGGACUCCAAGCCAAACGAUAUGUCUCCCAUGAUGCCUGUCACCCCACAGUCUCCAGAAACCAGCACGCCCAGCCCGGCAUCCGCACCCAAGACCAAAGAGGAAUCCAGUUCCAAAGCAGGAAUCGCAGGAACUAACUCCGCUGCAGAGGCUUCCAAGAUGCUGGCGGAAAACCGGCGUCUGGCACGCGAGCAGAAAGAGAAAGAAGAGCAACUCCGCAUACAGAAAGAAGAAGAGGAGAAGCUGAGAAAAGAGGAGGAGAAGCGGCUGGCGGAGGAGGAGCGCUUGAGGCGUGCAGAGGAGGAGAAGAGGCUUGCGGAGGAGAGGAAGAGAGAAGAGGAGGUGCAGGCUCAUGUAGCAGAGGAGGAGAGACAGCGAAUGGAGCUGGAGGAGCAGCAAAGACAGACUGAGCUAGAGAAAGAGCGCGAGGAGGCUGAAGCAAAGGCCCAAGAGGAGGCAGAGAGGCAGCGUCAAGAGAGAGAACGCAUUAUGCAACAGAACCAACAGGAGCGCAUUGAGAGAAAGAAGAGAAUUGAAGAAAUUAUGAAGAGAACCAGAAAAACAGACCAAAUCGAUUUUAAGAGUAAUGAUGAGAGGGACAUUCCUGAUGAAAAUGGAGAGGAGGCUGAGGACCAAAUAUACUGUGAAAAUAAGGAGAAUCAGGCUGUUGAGUCAGAGCAGAAUGCCAUGAAGACAGAGCCAUCAGACUCUCAGAAGCAUCACUUACCUGUGGAGGAGCCAGUCAGCGAGCAAGAGGGGCCAGUUGAUAGUAUGAACACACAAACAGAUGUGGACAAUAAAGAGAACAGCAAUGGACCCGGCACAGAGGAUCCCUCAAUGGACAGCAGCCCCCCUCCCAAAUCCUGUCUGAUGGAGGGCUUGGAGUUUGUGAACGAGGACUCUAAAGUGAACAUGGUGCCAGGGUUCAAUGGUAAAGGAGGACCCUGGAGCUUUGAGGAGCUGAUCGAUCUGGGUGUUCAUGCGAAGAGCAAACCCCUGAUGGAUGAUGAGGGGCCUAGAGUGGCCUUUGAAGAGAAAACCAGCUCCAUUCAUCCAGCCCAGCCUAUCGAAGCUCUGUCCGAGAUGUGAAUGCGGAGGUCUGUGUUUAAGGCCUACUGAUUAAUGCACUCCAUGAGUCACGUCCAGCUGAGCCUCAGUGUCAGCGCUCAGACUCGUCUUGACAGCCAGGGAAAGCGCACAGUGCCGCACAGCCUCUGCAGAUAAUAGAUGGAUAAAGCAAGAGAAAAUAAAGACAAGUUGGAAGUAACGAGCUAAAGAAAUGAUUCAGGGAAAAUGAUAGAUUCCUUCAGUGUGCUUGCUUCAGCUCUACAUCUUUCUAAUAUUGACAUCAGGAUUUGUUUUUUCAUAUAUUUCUUACAUUUUGUGUUUCGUUUUUUUGUUGUUUUCAUCUUUUAAAUGUGGAGACAACUUAUUUAUUCAUGUGGCUUCUUCACAUUUAAACGGCUGCUGUCUUUUGACGGUUACAAAUUCAUUAUAGCUUCAACUUAAGUAUUUUGUUGAAUAAUCUGGUUGGUUGAGUCAAUGUAAAGCUUUUUGAAAAAGGAAACUCUCACAUAUCUUCAGCUGACAGCUCAGCAAUGUGACCCAAAUGGGAACCUGUCGUUGAAACAUGAGGUUAGACGGGCUGCUAGUGCGGCAACUCUCCAGUUCUAAUGUGACCUCAGGAUAUUUUCCUCUAAGCUUCUGUUUCUCCUCUCCAAAGGCAUAAACAUCCCCACUGUAGUGUUUAACGCUAUGUCCCUGUGCAACAACUGAAGCAUUCCUACUGUGUAACACUUGUAGAUCGCAAAUCUCACUCAAAAUGUUUCAUUAAAACCGUUUAUCAGACUAAUUCUAAUUAAAAUUGAGUGCAAACAUGUUAAUACUGCCUUGAGCUCUUGAGAUUGAAGGAUGAUGGAGCUCAAUGCGGACUGAAAUAACACUUGUUGCUUUGGUUUAAUGAGGUUUUUAUGUCGUUCAUUCCUGUUUUGUAGUAAAUACCUAUAUUGUUGAUGUCCUGUUCUACUUGUACAUAAAUAUGACUAGUUAUCAAAUAUCUAAUUUAAGUGACCCUCAAUAUGUCUGCAUGAAUCUAUCUGCUACUAUAUUGCAUAAUAUAACAGAAUUACUGUAAGUCUUACUUGCACACUUUCCACAUGUUUCUGUUCCCUGGAGUUUGAAGAAAUGUGUUCCAGUGGCUAAACUUGAAUGAUUUAAUGUUCUCCAAUUCCCAAAGUCCCCUCAGGGUUAUACUGUACUAUCAGUUUUUUUGUGUAUAUACAGUUACUGUUAGUUCUCACAUCCAUUCCUGGCCUAAAUAACCACACUAAAUGUAGUCCUCUCUUUGAAAAUGCACAAGUAUAUAUAUAUAUAUAUAUAUAUAUAUUAAAAACUCUUCUAAGUAUUAUGUAAAUCAGUAUUAGGCUGUCUGGCUAUACUUGUGGUUGGGAAUAAGAACUAGGCAGUAGGUUAGUGUGCUGUAUAGUGUGGUACAACACUGUACUGUAAGAUGAAACAGGCCAGAUGUAACUAACUGCACACAGCACCAGUGCACAUUUAUCUUUUUUGAACAGAGUGUGAAGUGAUGUGAGUUGGGAAAAAGAAAGUGGACAGAGUAUAAGCGAAGUCAAAAGGGCUUUUUGAUUAUGAAGCUGCUUUGAGGUUGAACAGGGAUCCAUUGAGCAUGUUGCCUCUCACUGAGGUUGAGGAAUGCAAUUUAAAUUUGCAGCUAGAGGAUUCAGGGGAAGUUCAAAUGAUUUAUGCACUAAUGGUGAGGAUUUGGCAUUCGAGCAUUUGCCUAUUGAUUUAAAUGUCCAGAAUGUUGUAAUGAAUGAUUGGUCUCCAUAUGCUUGAAGAGUUCAGAUGGCUUUGUGUACUGAAGUUGUGUAAAAUGUUGUUUUCUUUGAAAUAUUAUUUGCAGAGUAGUUUUACCAGUCAAAUGCCAGAAACAGUUACGUUUGUGGUUAAUCGGUAAGUACAUUUCCUUAUUUGUAUAAUUCCAUCCGCGUUUAGGAAUACUGUAGAUCCCUCAAUAUGUAUUUAAUGUUCUUCUGUUAUUUUAUAUGCAACCGCUUUCUGUGAUUUUUUUUAUUUUUUUUAUCUUUUGUUGUAUAAUAGUCACUUUCCAGAUUGCUUUUUGACUCGGGCUCUUAAGUCUCCAGGGGAAAGUUGUUUGCGGAGGUUAGAAGUGACCGGCACUUGGCAUGAGACUUUUGUACAUGGGUUUGAGAUCGUUGCGAUUUCCUCGGUUUUGGCCUUUUAUACUCAUAAUACUUUGCAUUUCCAAAAUAGUUUCAGGUUGUGGUGUAGCUCAGUGGUUCCCAACCCUGGUCCUGGAGGCACCCCAACACUGCAUGUUUUGCAUGUCUCCUUAA